CAGCAACACCAGCAGUUUCUCGUACCAGAUGGUUCCUCCAUCACCCAUCAAGCCAGCCCCAGGAAGUUUUCGAAAAACAAUGUGGAGAAAACAUUGCGGAUAUUGAUCGAUGAUUGUUGCUUAGACAUGAACACUAUGCGCACCAAGUUAGUCCGAUAGAGGAACAGGGCAGCAAGAGCCGGCGAUUUGCUGCCAGAACGAUCAUUGCCAUGCUGCUGCAGUCGUACAUCUCCUAUCAUGUUUUGCCUGGUGAAUACCUUGCAGGAACGUUCCAAAACUGACAUACCCCGAAGACAGUCCAUCGUGAUCAAAGACAAAGAGCGUUGGAUACUCCCGGCUAUCAAGAUGGAAUCUUCCUCCAAGCUUUCCCUUGUCUAUCUCUAUAAGUAUGUACCAGGCCACCAAAAGCGCAAUGAACCAGUCUGGAACAGACCCCAAGUCAAUACAACCCGGACACUUACUGCAACCAUGUCAUCCGCCGAAGACGGAGCAUCUCGCCAACCGGCGCAAGAAACGGAGUCUACCGCGCCAGCUUCUGCCAGCCAGGCACCUACCAACCAGACUCCUACCGGACCAUGGCGCAUCGUCAAAAUCAGACGGAGACAUUACAUAAUGCCGCACACCAUACUCUCCCACGUGCAAUGGCUGAAGCCCUGGGAGCCGAGCGAGAAGGAGUACAAGGAAGAGUGCGAGGCCGCGCUGCGGGACUCGUGGAGGGUGCUGCGGCGCAACAGCCCCAGCGCGGCGCCGUUCAUAGGCUUCGUGCAGUGCCGCAACCACGUCUGGCUUCAUUCGGAGGCCGCGGCACCAGGACAAGGCGCCAUCAACCGAGUCCUUCUGACGCCGCCCAAGGAAUAUUACCAUAUCGCCGAGGAUAGAGCGACCCUGUGGAGCUGGGUCAUGGAGGAGCUGGUCCCGGGCAGUCCGCCGACGCGUGAGCAGCGUGCUCGCUGGGAGCCAUUGCGUUACGAGGAUAUCUUCGGGGCUGUCUAUCCGGAAUUUGGGAACGUGGGGCAAAUGUUUGGCUGA